AUGAAUGAAAAAAGAACAAGAAGAAUAACAACAACGAACAUUCAAACUAGUAGUAGAAACAACAAAAAGAGUAUGCUUGGUAACAACAACGAAAACAGUAACAACAAUAACAAAAAGCAAGAGAGGAGAAAAGACUCUCUCAAAAUAUUCAUUCAAUCCAAUAGUAGUUGUACAACUACUACUACUACUACUGCUACAACUACUAUUUGUUCAACUGACCACCAAUACAAGAUAACGACAUGUAGAAGAGUAGGGGUAGUUGUUAAUGGAUAUAUAUAA